CUUGUGACCUUUGUGAAGAAUGUGAGGAAAAACACCACCGCGUACAUGCACAAAGACACAGCGGACGUAUUUCCUCUUCUUUUCAUUUCAUUUUUUCUUUUAAUUGUGUCUCCCAGCUGCAAUUCUCAACGACGGAGAGAAUGCGGUACCUUUGUGUCCGGGUGGUUGUUCGCUUCGUCCCGGUGAUUUAUUGCAAGGGCGCGUGACUUGUAAGAAGAACAAUGCCGCGCGAACGUAUCACGCGCACGCGAACAAUAACUAGACGAAAAUAUCAUGAGGCCGGGGAAAACGAGGGAGCCUGAUGAUCGAGGGAGACAACCGUCAUUUAAGCAGCGGUCUACGGCGCAUGCGCCAUGAAGUUUGAUGCGAUAACUAUACUAAACCUCACUAUAUAGCAUUUGCAACCAGCCCUUCGCGACCCUUGGGAAUGAUCAGGAGUACAUCGAUCUUGCUUGGCUUGGCCGAAGGCGAACUCGCAGCUUCCUUUAUUGUUCUUUUAGACUUGCUAGUAUAUUUUUUUGUCGCACCGUCGCCGUAUUCGUUUACGAUCAAGUGCUUAACGUCGCGAGCUUUGUGGUCUAUAUCCUCCAGAGGAUGUACUAUGUAGGCCGAGCUCCCAGCCAUCUGUGCCCACCUCCUCGCCCUUGUUGCUCUUGAGAGGAGGUGGCCAUGUCGUCUGUGAAAGUGGCAGUGAGGGUGCGGCCCUUCAACAACCGCGAGACAAGCAGGGACUGCAAGUGCAUCAUUUCUAUGAGUGGAAACACAACAGCAAUCACAAAUCCCAAGGCACCACCUGGUUGCAAGGAAGCUGCAAAAAGUUUCAACUAUGACUAUUCAUAUUGGUCCCAUGAUCCCACAGAUGUUCACUUCGCUACCCAAGACAAAGUCUACGAUGACAUUGGAGAAGAGAUGCUCUUGCACUCCUUUGAAGGGUACAAUGUAUGCAUCUUUGCCUACGGACAGACAGGUGCAGGAAAAAGCUACACCAUGAUGGGGCGUCAGGAGGAAGGGCAGGAAGGCAUCAUCCCGCACAUCUGCAAGGACCUAUUCCGCAAAAUCAAAGAGGAUGUAUCCGAGGACAUGCUCUACUCUGUUGAGGUGAGCUACAUGGAAAUCUACUGUGAGCGAGUGCGGGACCUGCUUAACCCAAAGACCAAGAACAACCUACGAGUCCGUGAGCACCCUCUACUGGGUCCCUACGUGGAGGACCUGUCCAAGUUGGCCGUCACCUCCUACCAUGACAUCCAUUCGCUCAUGGAUGAAGGCAACAAAGCCAGGACUGUAGCUGCCACCAACAUGAAUGAGACCAGCAGUCGCUCACAUGCUGUGUUCACCAUCAUUUUUACCCAAAGGAAGACAGACAAGGACACAGGUCUUGCCACUGAACGGGUGAGCAAGAUUAGCCUGGUGGAUCUAGCAGGAAGCGAGAGGGCUGAUUCCACAGGGGCCCAAGGCACUCGGCUGAAGGAAGGAGCAAACAUCAACAAGUCGCUUACCACUCUGGGCAAGGUCAUCUCAGCGCUUGCUGAAGUGGCGACCAAGAAAAAACGCAAGGGCGACUUCAUUCCCUACCGGGACUCAGUUUUGACCUGGCUUCUAAGGGAAAACCUAGGCGGCAACUCGAAAACAGCCAUGAUUGCGGCAAUCAGCCCAGCCGACAUCAACUACGAGGAGACCUUGAGCACACUGAGGUAUGCUGACAGAGCGAAGCAGAUAGUCUGCAAGGCUGUCGUCAAUGAGGAUGCCAAUGCUCGACUCAUCAGGGAGCUCAAGGAUGAGAUUUUUCGGCUCAAAAACCUGCUGCUGGCUGAAGGGAUCGACGUUGAUGCUGACGACAACAUGAAUGUGGAGACUGGCAAGCGGAAACCGCACCUGUCCGUCUCUGCGGCCUCGGAGAAUGCGAUAGAGCAGCUCCAGGAGUCUGAGAAGCUCAUUGCUGAGCUCAAUGAGACCUGGGAAGAAAAGCUGAAGAAGACAGAGGCCAUACGGCUACAGAGGGAAGCGGUUCUAGCUGAAAUGGGCGUAGCCCUCCGUGAAGAUGGCGACACUGUAGGUGUGUUUUCUCCUAAAAAGACUCCUCAUUUAGUGAAUCUUAAUGAAGAUCCACUCAUGUCUGAAUGCCUCUUGUAUUACAUAAAAGAUGGCAUAACAAGAGUGGGAAGGCCGGAUGCAAAUGUUGCUCAGGACAUCAGACUUAGCGGCUCUCAAAUUCUGAACGAGCACUGCUGGUUUGAGAAUAAUGAAGGCACAGUCACUCUGCAUACAUGCCAAGGUGCGCUGGUCUAUGUCAAUGGGCGGGAGAUUGUCGACUCCAUUCGGCUGAAGACUGGCUCUCGAGUGAUCUUGGGGAAGACUCAUGUGUUCCGGUUUCAGCAUCCAGAGCAAGCACGAGAAAGCAGAGAGCGGAAGUCACCAGUUGAGGUGCCUGAAAAAUCCCAACCAGAUGAGAGUGACCGCCUUGAAAUGUUGACCUUGGGCAAGAAGAUGGAUGACUCCGUUUACUCAAAUGGUGGAGAGCCGGUGGAUUGGUCCUUUGCACAACUUGAGCUGUUGGAAAAACAAGGCAUCGAUUUGAAGCAAGAAAUGGAGAAGAAGCUUGUAGCUUUGGAGGAGCAGUACAAGAAGGAAAAAGAAGAGGCUGACCAGCAGUUUGAACAAGAGAGAAAGACAUAUGAGGCCCGCAUUGAGAGUCUGCAGCGACAAGUAGAGGAACAGUCCAUGAUCUCCAGCAUGUACAGUGCCUGCACCGUAGAUGACGCAACCACUGUUGAAGACGACGCUGUCUUUGACCAGCCCUGGAGUGAUCGGGAGUACCAGGUCGCCGCUUGGGCCUUUCAGAAAUGGAAGUACCACCAGUUCACUUCUCUCAGGGACGAUCUCUGGGGCAACGCAAUCUUCCUCAAGGAAGCCAAUGCCAUCAGUGUGGAACUGAAGAAGAAGGUGCAGUUCCAGUUUGUCCUUGUCACAGACACACUGUACUCGCCGCUCCCGCCAGACCUGAUUCCUCACGAUGAAGCGGAUGAGUUUUUAGACCAGGAGCGGCCUUUUCCUCGGACCCUAGUUGCUGUCGAAGUGCAGGACACGAAAAACGGAGCCACUCACCACUGGACGCUGACCAAACUCAGACGUCGCCUGGAGCUAAUGCGCAAUGUGUACAAUGAGGACACCUGGUCCCCCGGGAGCCCCGAAUCUCGGGAGGACCCACUGCAGUGCUUGAGCACGUCAGCUGCCCUGGGCCUGUCCAGUCUCAUCCCUUCCAAGACAAGGCAGCGUCUGGAGCUGAUGCGCGAGAUGUACCACAAUGAGGCUGAAUUAUCACCAACGUCUCCCGACUACAAUGUGGAGAGCAGCAUUACAGGUGGUGAUCCAUUCUAUGACCGGUUCCCAUGGUUCAGGCUCAUUGGCAGGGCCUUUGUGUACCUCAGCAAUUUGUUAUACCCUGUGCCACUGGUGCAAAAGGUGGCCAUUGUCAACGAGAAAGGCGAUGUAAAGGGCUACCUACGAGUCGCUGUACAAGCUGUCAUAGAUGAUGAGGAAAGCACGGACUGCAGCACAGGAGUACGCCAGUCAGCAAGAAUCAGCUUUAAUGAUGACCUUUUUGACGCUACAAAGAAAGAUCAUUGUAUAGAAGGUUCAUCACCCUGCCUUGAAAAAGCGCCAUGCUGCGAGGAACGCAUAGUGGAAGGGGAAGAGCAACAACAACAGGGUUCACUGCAGCAAGAAGAGCGCAGCCGGAUCGAGGCCUACAAGCAGGAUGGGGAGAACAACAACAUCCUUCCCCUGAGCCAGGAGGAAGAGAAGCUGCCUGAGCACCUGCAGAUUGGCAAGGAGUUCACCUUCAGGGUCACUGUGCUGCAGGCCAUUGGUAUCUCGAAGGAGUACGCCGACAUCUUCUCCCAGUUCAACUUUCUGCACCGUCAUGAUGAGGCAUUUUCAACAGAGCCUCUCAAGAACACAGUGAAGGGACCUCCACCUGGGUUCUUCCAUGUUCAGAAUAUCACAGUGACGGUGACCCAGUCAUUCGUGAACUACCUGCGGACUCGGCCUAUUGUCUUCGAGGUGUUCGGGCACUAUCAGCAGCACCCGUUGCACAGAGAUUCCAGAGAUGCCUGCCAACAACACAGCGUACGUCAGCCACCCCGACGGAUGUUCCCAAGGACACUGCCUAUUUCUCAGCCUGUUCGGUCACCAAAGUUCGACAUACUGCAAUGCCCAAGCACAACGCACAUAUAUGCGAAACACGACGUCCUGGUAUGGUUCGAAAUUUGCGAACUGACUCCUAAUGGCGAGUACACCCCCGCCGUGGUCAAUCACUGCGAUGAUGCUCCUUGUAGAGGGACGUUCUCUCUCCACCAGGGGAUUCAGAGGCGCAUACGCCUAACGCUGGUCCACGAGCAAACGCCCAACGUCUGCUGGAAGGAUGUCCGAGAGGUUGUUGUUGGUCGUGUCAGAAGCACACCAGAGUGCGAGGAAGAGGACAACGACACCUCGGUGCUGUCGCUGGGCAUCUUCCCUGGAAGCUACUUGGAGAUGGCUGGUGAUGACAGGACAUUCUACCACUUUGAGGCAGCGUGGGAUUCCUCCUUACAUAGCUCUCCUCUGCUGAACAGAGUCACUCCUUAUGGAGAGCGAGUAUACUUGACCAUCUCAGCUUACUUGGAGCUGGAAAACUCUGCACAGCCUGCUAUUGUAACAAAAGACCUGUGUCUUAUCAUCUAUGGACGAGAUGCGAGACUGGCACCAAGGUUGUCUCCGAAUGCAAAAUCCCUGCGCCACCUGUUCACUGGUGCCUACAAGAAUGCUGAUGCCAAUCAUGUGACCGGCAUCUACGAGAUGAUCCUCAAGAGAGCGGCAGAUUCAGGUAGCCCGGGGGUGCAGCGUCGGCAGCGCCGGGUGCUGGACACGUCAUCAACGUACGUGCGAGGAGAAGAGAACCUGCAUGGCUGGCAGCCACGAGGGGACUCGCUCAUAUUUGACCACCAGUGGGAACUGGAAAAGCUGACACGUCUUGAAGAGGUGGAGAAGGUGCGGCACCUCCUGCUCCUCCGAGAGAAGCUGGGCCUAGACUCUGGUGGUCCACCCCAGCACCAGGACAUCUGCAAGUGGGAGAAAGAGGCAUGCAACCUGGUGGCCCGUGCCGCGGCUCGGGGCCCCAGCUCCAGCCAACAGGCAGCUGCUGCCGUGCCCGCCGCCUCGCAGCUGCCAUCGCCCACCGUGGCUUCCUCGGUCGCCAUGACGCCAACCCGUGGCACGGUGGUGGAUGAGAGCGUGUAUGCCCCCUGGGAGAUGACGCCCCGCGAGCGGGAGCUGGCGACUCGCACCAUCGGCCUCGUCUUGAGCCACAUUCCCAGCAAACCACCACCUACUGGACCAGGAGCUGCCAAGCAGCCAACCACAGCGAUGACACCUGUUGAAGAGGGAGAUGCAUCAUCACUUAGUUCCAGCAUGACAUCAAGCUCUUCACAAGACCUGCUUUCGCCAGAGAAGCCCUGCACGUCGGUGCCCGAGGCAUUGGAAGCACGAGGAUUGCCGAGCUGCUUGGCACCCCCCGCGGGUCUCAAGCCUGCCUCACACCCCCCAACCUUUGCUGGGGGAAACCCUUGCUUUGUGGCUGAGGUGGAAGAAGUGCGCCCCAGCCCCAUCGUGUCACGCAAGGGCUACCUCAACCUCCUGGAUGAUCGCACCGGAAACUGGGUCAAGCGAUGGCUGGUCAUCCGUCGCCCGUAUGUCUUCAUCUACCGUGAUGAAAAGGAUUACAUUGAGAGGGAGCUCAUCAACCUAGCCACAGCACAAGUGGAAUACAAUGAGGAGCAGCAGGCCAUGUUGAAGGUUCCCAACACAUUUUCUGUGGUGACGAAGAGCCGUGGAUUCUUGCUCCAGACACUGGGGGAGAAGGAGAUUCACGAGUGGCUGUAUGCUAUUAACCCACUACUAGCAGGGCAGAUCAGAUCAAAAUUGGCACGAAAACAGAAUGUAGACCUUGGCCUGUAAGUGAUUGAAGAGGCACCCGCCCUGUCCUUGCUACUAAAAGAGGUGGUCCUUGGUUUCUCUCGAGAGGAGCUCACAUGACAGCUUGCAAUAAUUGGGGGAGCUAACAUGAGUGAACACCUUAGUUGUUUGAAGCAUGCGUGACGCCGUUUUUGCUUUUACAGUGGUUUUUAGUACGUACGGCAGAGAGCACUACGCACCUUCUUGCCCAUUUCUGCUUUGUUUUAUAUUUCUCUUUAUUUUUAUUCCUUAGGAAUGGUCUUUUAAUUUUGAUGACAGACAUACCAAAUGGGUAACAAGGUUGUGCACACUAUGAGGGUACAGACAUGAAUGCCAGUGAAAUGUGUGUUGGUGGGCUUUCUUUCAUUUUUUUCUGCCUCGUUACUGGAUUGAGAAUCGUACGGCUGCGAGUAUGUUGCACUCAGGCAUCUCAGUUUGACCUGUGCCCUCACGAAAACUAGCUUCUACAUUGCAGCUGCUUAAUGAAUUUACGCAGUUCGAAAUAUUCACCCUUCAGUGCCCUCUUGAUGAAUUGAGACAGGAAAACAUUAAGUUUUUUUUGAGCAUCAAAGGAAUGUUUAGUGCUUUUGAACACUGAUCUAGUAUUGUUUGGGUCUUGAUUUUGUGUUCCCGUGUGGUGGCAAAAUCUGUGCUUGCUUUUUUUUUUUUUAACCACACACAUACGAUUCACUGACGUUCAUUGUGGUAGGAUCUGUAGUGUUCUGCUACAUGCAGCAAGUGUGUAAAGAGUUGUUUUUGUUGCAAUUGUUUUAAUGUAAACUCCUUCAUUCCUGUGUACUUUACACAUACACAUGCAUACAUAUAUAUAUAUAUGUAUAUUUAUAGGAACCUCUGUUUUCCAUAUCACAUAGGUCUGCUAUUUAUAUGAAUGUAUAAAAUGCCUAAAAUGGAUAUUUUACCCUGUUUGAAAAGGCACAUAGCCUGUGAAGUUUAUUUACAUGAGUUGUUCGCUUUCUGGGAGUGUUUUUAUUGUAGAGAGGGAGAUGGCCAUUGAUUAUCACGAUGGCUGCUCGGCGUAGCUUUAGUGUACGUAGUUAUGAUUGAGGCAAGGACUCUCGGGUUCUUCGAGUUUUCUAUACACAUGAAAUCAACCUACGAAGGAAAAAAAAAAAGACAACAAGAAAGGCACGCUGUGAUGAUUAUUAGCUUCGGAGCUUUCUGUAUAUAAUAACGACAGCACACUUUUUCCUGUCUCCUUUACGUGCGACUCUUCCGAUGUUCAUUGCCCUGUGCCCGACUGAUUGUAUAUGUAGUUUGCUCGAUCUUGUUUUCUUUCUCUCUUUGUGUGCUUUAAAGGAUUUGAAUGAGUGGGCAGGGCAUUGCAAGACGAGUAUGCAAGAGUGGUUUGUGUGAAAGCGUCUCACUUGUAUGGGUGUUGAUGUGAUUCUGCUUGGCUUGCGUUGUUGCUUGGGGGUCAUCUGUCGCUAGAGCAACACCAACGCCUAGCAAGUACACCUUUCUGGGUAUUCAGAACGCCUGUACAAUCGAAGCGCUGUCGCACUUGAAGGUGUCCGAGCAAGAGAGGUUGAGAGAGAGUUGUGCUUUCAAAACUGCUUUCGCGCUUCGGAGAGCACCAUUGUUUUUUUUCCCACCAGCCACGCUGUGCAGCUUAUUUCCUAUUGCUGUUUGCUCCGGCGUGGAUCACUCCUGCAUACUGUUUAGUGUACAUAACCUAUUUUUUUGUGUCUGUAUGUAAAUGUGUUACGUGUAUAUACAAUGUACUUUCAUUACCCGUAUACUACGACACGACUGUAGCAUGCGACACUCUGGCCCUCGGUGUUUACAGGUUGUUUCUCAGCGCGCUAUCGCUUAUGCAGUGGUUCCGGAUCAAUGCUAUCACAGUUAUAUACGCACUAUCUUGUCGCUCCUCUUGUGAAGAGCACGGCCUUUUGCGAACUUAGUGUGCUGAUCAUGUUCAGGGUUUUUCUCUCUCCUCGAGGCUUGCAAACUAAAUGUAAUAAGAAAUAUAGACCGAUGCUGACUGGCAGUUUAGCUUCAGCUGGGCAACUACUACUAGACGGGGUUUUGAUGCACAUUGCUUCAGUUUUUUUAAAGUUAAUGUCGGGUGAAUGCGUGGAUGCUUUGCAACUUUUCAAUUUGAAGAGCCUUAAGAUUGUUGUAUGUCAUGGAGAAUGGUAUUAACAUUACCUAGAGAAGGGUGAUAGUUUAACUUGUGGUGUAGCAAGUUACUCUCAGUAGCUGCAGCUAACUGAAGUCAAAAUUAACACAAACUAUGGGAUAUUUUAUUUCCGUGGUUUCAGCUUCCCAGCAUGACAAAAUUACAAAGCACAGAGCUCUAUCUUUUUCCUUAAUGAUCAUGAAACAGAGAGAAAAAGAAAAAGAGAAAUACAUGCGGGAGAAAAAGUCAGGAACCAGUAAACUACAAGUGCUUGUUCCCAAUAAUCGUAAUAAUAAUCAUAAGACUCCUGUUGUAAGUAGUUGGCAGUGCGCAGUGUUGCACGACACAUCUGCACACAGAGGCAUAAUCUCACGGGUGGCUUCUUCCACGCUAAUGAGACUCUUUAUAUUGCUUGUCUUGCAUUGCGCACAGGAAAUAGCUAGAUAAGUUUAUGAACCCGUUGCCUUCACUGUGCAACUUUGAUAAGGCAUUAACUGCUAUGUUAGGUGCAAAACGAAACACGAGCGCGGCAGUGCACUGGUGAUAUUGGUGGGCAUGAUUUGAGUGCCUGAUUCUCAGUUUGACACAAACUUCAGCAAGCCUGUUGUGCAUUUGAGAGAUAGCUGUAUAUCGAGAUGCACCUUCAGCAGAGAGGGUGGUAAGAAAUUGUGGCAGCACAUACUGUGUAUGACAAAAAUGAUGGCUCGGUAACAGAGGAGGCUGCAGUCCAGGCUGACGAGUUACUUUGUAAUAUAUUUAUUUCAUUACAAGUGAGAUGUGAAAACUGAUCGCAAAGUAAAGUCGCAGGCACGAAUUUCGAUUUGCGCAGAAAGCGUUGACUCAAGUCGUUACAGAAUGGGCACAUUUUUAUCCUAUGUGUUGUGAACAGUCACCUAUGCUUCGUUUACAUUGUAACUCAGAAACAUGAGGAGGACUUUGUUACAAAAUCUCAUUAGUAGAAUGCUGCUCCAUUAAGAUAAAAGUGUGUGGCAUUCACCGCGACAUGUUGUGCACCGUGCCCACACAUGACACUUCAUGCACAUGUUGUGCUGCCACAUUCGCUUAAGUACACAGUUUAAGUAAGUGUACUUGUGUAUUAUUUACACUAGCAGACACGAGUACAGCCUUUGUCAAAAGAAACAGGACCACUACAAGCAUGAGUGUUGCUGAGUCCUGGCUUUAUCGUAUUGUGCCCUUAGAACAUCUAGCACCAGAAAGAGUUUGCACCCUUAUGUAGCAUUUUUCAAUGGUGCGGACACAACAGGAGUUGAACUAGACACUCCCGGAGUCAGCUGCGAUCAUGUGUGCAGUGCCCUUAUUUUUUUCACACAGGCUGUAACUAGCGCAGUGAAUGUGCAACUUGUUAAAAAAUUCUCCGAAACAAGUGUACUAAAAUUUUCGACCAGAAAUUGUACAUUUGGUCCUAGCAAGCAAAGAACCUGAUUAGAAAUGCCGAGAAAUUUAUUCUCUUUUCUCUCGCCUGUAUUUUUAAUUACCAGCCCAAGCAACUCAUGGCAUGAUGUAUGCUACUUCGCCGCACCUUAUGAAGGGAACAUCUGAGUAUGGGGAUCUGAAAGAGGGUGAAAGGCACUUUAUACUUCCUUAUAAUGCUCUCACUUGUAUGGUUAGUCAAGAGUGUCCACUGCUGCCUUAAUGAUAGUACGAGAAGCUGAAAUGCAGGUGUAGUCUUAACGCCAAGUCAUAGUGGCUGGCCUUCUUGUGGACGGUGCAUUUAUUCUCGUGAAUAGGUGCGCGGUAAAUCUAGCACUUCUGCCACUCUUGUUUUGUCGGUAGUGAAACCAAUGCAUCAGAUCAAAAGCAUGCUAGAAGGCAGAUAUCUUUACUGAAAUUGCAGUUUGAAUGCCUUGGUCUUGUAUUUCGCGGUUCCCUAUCAUAGAGCUUCCGUCGGGGGGCUACCUGGUUUGACAAGCACUGCUUACAAGUGAGUUUAAGCAAACAUUCCAUUCCUCAGCGUGAUGCUUGGCGCUAGUGCGAGCAGACAUCACAUGUAAAGCAUCUGGAAGCAACAGUAAACAGCAGUCCUGAGAGAUCCCUUUUGAAGAAGAAGAAAAAACAAAACAAAAGGACUAUACAAACAAAACAAAAAAGGAAGUUGCUCAAGUUCAGACCAAGCAGAUUGAUAGACUUGCUGUCGAGAUAUUGCUAAGCGAACCUGCCAGAACAUUUUAGCGUUUCACUCUGAAAUGAGAAAUGACAUGUAAAUUUUAAUCAUUUAUAUUUCUGGGACUCUAUUAUUAUUAUAUAUAUUUUUUUUGUCAUAAGACAGUUGUCAUCUAAUGAAGGUUUUUAUUUGUUUGAAGUCAAAUGAAAGUAGAAGUUAUAGCACUUAUGUUUUUGAACUUGUACAGGCAUAACAGCUCAGUUCCUGCAGUAGUGAAAGAGGCCUCCAGCGGACGGUUGUCAGCUUUUUGCAACACAAAAGUCGUAAUGUUCAACCUAGCUGGAGGCGAUGGUCAUUUUUUGCCAUGACUGCAACAGUGAACAUGCCUGUACAGUGCAGCUAGUCAUUUUUGUUAAUAUUUGUAUUAAGCUAGCUUUAACUUGUGUGCACAAUUUUCACUAUUUGUGACUAGUUAACUUUGUCAUAUUUUCAAAAGAUAACACAGACAUUCUUUUUUAUGGGAACAUCACAUGGCAGGACUUCUAUACUUAACAAGCUUAUGGUAUACUGUUCAAGCCAGCAAAAGAAAACAUGACAAGCUGCAAGAUGUAAUGUCACAUACGGAUGUCAUAGGGAUGCAAUUGAAAAAAAAAAUUUUUUUUUGGUCAUCCGCACUGGCAACAUAGGUCUUUUCACCUAUGCUCUGAACUGAUGUCACAGUUAACUCUCUUGUUUACAAAUUUUCAACUUGUCUUUAAAUGUCCAAGGGAAGUCCAAUGCUUGCGGCAGUAUAAGCACCAUUGCUUAAUGCAGGUAGAUGUGUGAAAACUUCGCCAUGGCCUAAAAAGCACAGUGCUUCCUCUGAAUGUUGUUUCCAAGAGCUCAUGUAAAUGAUGUGGUUGCACUUACUUGAGCUAGUAACGAUUUAAAGAGAAAGGUGGAAUGGAUAAAUGAACUGAUAAAUUAGUGGCUUGGCAUUGUGCUCUUUUACACAGUAGACAAAGCAGUGACUUUCGUCAAUCACUUCGAGCUGCUCGUUCUGAAUUGUUUCAUCUGCUGACACUGCUUGUGGUGGUGUUCCUUUGUAAACUUGCACACAACUAGUGCAACUUUAAUUUUUUCAGAGCACCCCAUUCUUCUUAUGUGUACGACUCUCUUUGUGUCAGGAACACCCGUCAACUUCUUUCUACCAGAACACUGUUUGAACCUGUGGCCUCGAAAUGCGCUUGUUUUCAUUGCGAGAAGGUGUAAGGACAUACUAUAUUACGCAUGUUUACACAGAAAAGAAGACACUCACUAUGGCAUGAAAGGUUGGACCGCACCUACUGGGACCUUUAAAUGAACUCCUGCAAACAUCUUUACCAGUACUUGCUAACUCAUUUAAAAAGUUAACAUCACGAAGAAGAGCACUUCAUAUGCUGUCCGAUGCCUUCUCUCAUGUAGGCCUCAUUCCCUGUGGCAGCAGCAAAACAAGCAAAAAGCGAUCUAGCAUAGCUUGCCAACAGGGACUGCCGAGACAGAAGUGUAAACAUAUGUAUCGUAUGACCUUCUCAAGAUGAAAACAAGAUGCUGUCUUGGAAAAUCUGGCUGUAUUUGCUUUUUGCUUACAGCUGCAAUUCCAAAAGUGUACAAGUUUGGGCUGGUUGUAAUAAUUUUGCAGUGUACCUCGAAAUGGUGGACACGGAAAGGGUCAGACAUACACAAUAAUGAUGUUUGUGAGUCUGCCCUGUGAUGUACUAUCAGCACUAGUUGAAAUGUGAACACCGGAGUGAUUUCUGUGUAUGUACUAUCAGCGCUAAUUGAAAUGUGAACAGCAGAGCGAUUUUUUUUUUUUGCGCAACCUAGCGAAAUGCAAUGAGUACUAAGAUUCGUGAUCAACUCUGGUGCAUCGUAAGCAUUGCUCAUCACGCAUCAUAGUUGGUUGUGAAUCGUCACAUCCACUGCUUUUUGUUAGACUGUGCAAAAACCAAAAACCAAGUGCUCUGCUGUUCUCAUGUCAAUCUGUGUCAAUAGCGCGUUUGCCCCUUGUCGUGGCCGCCAUCUUGUGACACCUCUCUGCCUUUUUGUUUAUUUGGGCACAGUGACAGUGUCACACACAGUGACACCUACCAUGCAUAAAUUGUGCGUACACUCAGUUUCUGAAGUCUAGAUCAAGUCACUUUGUUCUGCCAAUCGCAUGCGACUUUUUGAGACAAAGCACAUUCGAAGGUGAAAGUCUGGGUUGGCCUAAGGCAAGAAAAAUAUAUAUAAAAGGAAAGAGCUCUAUAUUAGCGCCCUAUCUUAAUUCUUUGUGGAGACAUCUGCAAUCUGUGUUCAACGUGUACAGCUGUGACUUGCAUUGUGUAGUUGUCAUAAAGGGCCAGUUGUUUUAGGGUGGCGAAAGAAAAGGACAAUGAGAACAAUCCAUUACAAAUUUGAAGAGUGCUGUCCUCCCAACUCUGGAUUUUUCAUCUGUCACCUUCAAGAUGUUAUUGUCUGUUGGUCGCGCCUGACUAAAGAAAACAAUGACGAAAACAGUGCUGUGAUUUGUUGCAUUGAAGGCAGCCGUUUCUCCCUUCUUGAGUUUUUCAAAUAAAGCUCAAGGCUGACUGUG